AUGCCACGCAAGGCCUUCAUCGCCGACCUCACGCAGGUUAUUGAGAACACAGCAAUUAACGGUAUCCGCGAUGUACACAAAGGCGACGAUGAUGGCGAAUUUGUCUUUACCGUGGAUAAUGUAGUCGGUUCAGCGAACAUUGAGCUUGUUGCAAAGAUAUCAGAUGUUUCGGAUUAUCCCUCAAGCCAUUCCUGCUUUUUCAUCGCCCCAGACACUGCCCCCGCUGCCAUUGCUAUGAAGCUUGGCGAUUUAUUCGAGCAAACCGCGGGCAAAUCUGUGCAGAAACUGCUACACAUCGUCGCAAAAGCCACACAAUCGCGUCUAGACGAUGACGUCGAGAUGCCAGACUCACAGGAAGCGUAUAGUGAUCUUGAAGAAGAUGAACUCGACAGUGGCCAGGAUGAUAGCGACGAGGAUGAGGGCGAGGACUACUUUCCAGACGAGAUGCUCUCCCUACGACUUCCAAAUCACACUGGACAUUCGUCAGGACAAUUGAUGAUUGAAUCAACCUUGCCAUUUCGUUCUCGCAUACGAUCUGAUCUCCUCAUGGCAAAAGCAGCAGGUUUCAAAGUGGGAGCACUAGCUCAACUCCUCGAUGGAGGUCCUUGCUACGUCACCUUAUCUGUUCGAGUUGGAAAAUUAGGCAUCUCUUGCGAAGCAAUGCAAGCCUGGCAGGUCAAAGCUUCGGAAUAUCUUGUUUUGGUACUACACUAUCCCUACGGCUAUCACUCCAUAGACGCGCUAUUGAAGCUAGGCUCUAAGAGCUGUCGUAGGGCCUUGGAGAUCCGAGUUGGAGUGAGCAACACGUAUAAACCAACACUACCAGAAGCUGUCCACGCCUUCACAUCCCUGGCAAAAGACGAAGCAAAAAACCAGGCAAAUUCAAAUACAGGCUUCCAGCCAUCAGACUUGAAUCUCGGCUUCAGGAAUGCAUUCAUAUCUGGUCCGCUAAACGAGUUUUUAAACGAACGUUUGAUCAAGAUAAUUUCUUACAGAUACAACAGAAUGGCUUGGGGUGGCGCAGAAGAAUUCCUAGCUGAUCAUAUGGCAACUUCUGAGAUCCGCUCAAGCCUUGUGGAUGACAGAUAUCUCGCUGAAGAACAUAUUGCUGCAACUUUCCCUAGCAUCGUCCGAGCAGACCAUAUACAUGACGUCUCGGCCAACCAGCGCCACUCUUUUCCACUCAUAGCCAUGCAAGCUACACUCCGCCAUUUCGUACGCUGUACUGAGUUCUGUCUCGUCUGUUUCCGCAAGCUUCCUAACGAUCUCGAGGCCAUCAAGCCGUAUGUGUGCGACAAUCCGCUCUGUCUCUAUCAAUACAUGUCUCUUGGCUUCGGUCCCAGCAUUGAGCAUGAGAUCCUAGCACAACAUAAAGUUGUUGAUCUGCUCAUAUCCUUUUGUUAUGUCAGCGCCACCGGAGGCGGCUUGAACAGCUUCCCAAGUGGGCUGAGUCUUCUGGUCCCGCCGCCAGCUUCCAGCUCACUCAGUACCAAUAUGGAUUUCGCAGCAAGUUACCCCGGCACAGGCCCGCACAUGGUCGCCAAAUACGACCACAGUGUUCGACAGUUGACCUUUGAAUCAGAAAUAACUUGCCCUAUCCGAAAUGGUGAUUGGAUAGUCGUGCGAAUUCCAAAGAUAGAGGCCGCUCUUCACGCCCGGGUCAUCGAAACUACCUAUUUCCCAGUCGUCACUCUAUCGGAGUUCGUGCAAGCCCCCGAUACGUCAGCAAAAUCAGCCGCUGCCCAGCAGCCAAGACCAGGAGUCAACUCCCCUCCAUAUCCGCAGACCCCUUCUCCAAUUCCGCUGAAUCCUCAGAAGGUGAAUUUAUACCCUUAUAAUCGAAACUUUGAUGAUCUCAACGACGACGACAAGAGGGGUGCAAUAAGCAGUCUACUCGACAUCCUACCUGGCGUUCCCGAAAUGAAAGAUUAUCUUCAACGCAAGGGCGUGGCGUCGUUAGCUAGCUGGAUAGAUCGCGUACCGCCUGCUGCUAUAAGUCUUUUGCGUUGGAUCAUUGCGUCUAGUAGAGCUUGCAUUGUAGAGUGCGAGAGUGGCAAUGGUGAUCCAAACAGAAGAGACGAGCGAGUGUUCGGCAUGGACGGUUGGACACAGUUUAGAUUUGCGAUGGGCGCGCCAGACAAGGAAAGACGAUUCCUCAAUGCAGUACAGACUACUAUGCAGAGAAAAUCACUCACGUAUCCAACACUCUAUGCUUGGCACGGGAGCGCGCUGAACAAUUGGCACGGUAUCAUCAGAGAAGGUCUACACUUCAAGAACAUCGCACAUGGACGUGCGUUUGGCGAUGGAGUAUAUCACUCACUCGAUGCGCGAACUAGCCUAGGCUAUUCUCAUAUGAGCACCUACAGCAGGAAUGGGGCUAGUCCCCGUGUCUGGCCGAGCAGCGAGCUGAAGAUCUCUUCCGCCAUAGCCCUCAACGAGGUUGUCAAUGCGCCCGAUGAAUUUCAGUCCAGAAAUCCUCAUCUUGUUGUUCAGCAUGUAGACUGGAUUCAGACGCGUUACCUCUUCGUCAAGUCUCCAUCGAUGGCAGAUCCGCUGAACGUCGUCAUAGCUCCUACGGAAGCACAGGCCCAGGACCCAGUGAUGACUCCCCAGGGUGAGGGCGGCAAAAUUGUCAUCCCAGCGAAAGCAAACACGCAACGGAAGCGAUCGAAUCCUCUAUCGGCGUCGAUCAAGGCAGGUUUCAAGCGACUAAAGGGGUCAGGCCAGAAGAGUGACCCAAUAUCAAUCGAGGAAGACAUUGAUAUUGACUUUGAUGACACUGCAAGUGUCAACACUUUGCAAGAGGACCUUGAGAUAUUCCGGGAAGAGGAGAGCUCUAUACAUCUUUCACAGCCGUCAAACGAUAGUGGCACAACUGUCGAGAUAUCGCAAACCGAUUUCAUCCCGGGCAAGCUUGAUGCUGAGUCUCUCCCAAAGCUCAUUGAGCCUAUGUGGGCCACUCAUUCGGCUACUAGAAGACUCCAACAAGACUUUAAGGCUGUUCUGAAAGUCCAAGCCAAGGAACCCCUGCACGAACUUGGAUGGUACAUCAAUCCUGAUCAUAUCAACAACAUGUACCAGUGGAUUAUCGAGCUCCACUCGUUCGAAUCCCAUCUACCUCUAGCGAAAGACAUGAAGAAGAAGGAUCUCAGAUCCGUUGUCCUCGAGUUUCGCUUUGGAAAAGAUUACCCAAUGUCCCCACCAUUCGUCCGCGUUGUUCGUCCUCGGUUUCUAGGCUUCCAACAAGGUGGUGGUGGACACGUCACAGCCGGUGGCGCCUUAUGUAUGGAACUGCUCACCAAUACUGGCUGGUCUGCCGUCUCGUCAAUUGAGUCCGUUCUCCUACAAGUGCGCCUCGCAAUGAGCAGCUUAGAUCCCCGACCAGCACGACUCGAGCCGGGACCAGCACGCGACUACUCUAUUGGUGAGGCGGUCGAGGCUUACAUUCGUGCUUGCCGAACACACGGGUGGACAGUACCCGAGGGUUUCAAGGAGCUGGCGUAUGGUGGCGAGCCGGCUUCAGAUCCUCACUUAUUCUGA